CGAAAAACAUCCCACUGGUUAUGUCUGAUAUCCAAACUAGUUUUGUGAACACUGUGAAGAUGAAAGAAACAGAAAAAGAGCAGAAGCAGACGAACAGAAGACAAACAUUGAACCGUUUGUGUUCCGGGUCAGGCCUCUUGUUGUCGGUUUUCUGUUGUGUCGCGCUAAUUCAUCAGGAGCUCAGAAUACAAGAAAAUCAUCAAAUGAUUUUAAACUCAGCAAAAAGAUGUGCAAAGAUGGAGACAGAAGUCCUUCGAAAAGUACAGCAGAAUAUUGGAGGAUGGCACAGUUUGAAACCUGAGAGCACAAUGCGGCCGGCGACCAAAGAUGGAGAGAACGCCAACCCAAGCCGACAAAAACGCUCUGCUCUAAACGUUGUACAACAGGAUUCAAACCUAACAUCCGCUAAAGUACAACUGCUUAUCAAAAAAGAACUUAGUCUACUGCAAAACCAAUUCUUUGCUAAGGAUCACACACUCUGCCGCCCAGGACCAAAAGGUAACAGGGGUCGUCGAGGCAAAGCGGGAACUCGGGGAAAACCGGGUCCCCCAGGGAAACCAGGCCCAAACGGACCUCCUGGCAAACAUGGACCAAUAGGGGCUCAGGGGCCGAAAGGAAUAAAAGGGGACAUCGGGAAACCGGGGAGCCCUGGCUCCGUGGGGCUUACAGGCCCGUCGGGUGUGAAAGGCGCUAAAGGUGAGCCGGGCCAGUCCCUCUCAGCCCCAUCUCUGUUAGAGCGUCCCGUUGGAAUGACAGUCAAUGAAAGUCAGACAGCCAUGUUAAAAUGUACUGCGGAUGGUAAUCCAAAGCCAAAAGUCACGUGGUCUAAGCUGAACUCAACGCUCCCUUUUGGACGUCACGUAGUGGACUCCAGAGGCCAACUGAUUGUGAGGGACAUUAGACGUGGUGACGAAGGAGUUUAUUUAUGCAGAGCUGAAAGCUUUUUGGGACAAGUGAACGCCUCGGCAAAGUUAUAUGUUUUUUUCGCUCCUGAGAUCAUUCUAUCAUCUAACGAAGUGUUAGCUGUGGGAAAACAAGAUGUUUCUAUCGCCUGUAGUGCUUCUGGUCAGCCUCACCCCAUUGUCACGUGGUCUAAGGCGUUUGGAACUUUGCCAAUGGACAGAACCAAAGCGAUUGAUGGAACACUAACAAUUUAUAACGUGACAAAAAAAGACAGAGGAACAUACAUCUGUAGGGCGGUGAAUAUUCUGGGAUCAGCAGCGGACAUAGUUCAACUCGUGAUAUUUUCUCGUCCGCGGUUUAAAGCUCGACCCCCAAAAGAAAUGACUCCAAUGGCUGGCUCAACUGUUCAUCUGCCGUGUGUGGUCGAGAGUGACUUGAAAACAACAAUCAGUUGGACGAAGCAUGGCAGGUCGUCCUUACCUGCAGGGUCCAAUGUUCUACAGAAUGGAACACUGGUAAUGAACAGCAUAAAGAAAUCACACGAAGGAUCUUACACUUGUAGAGCUGCUAAUGCUUUGACAGCAAUAGAAACCAAAGUCAAAAUCAGCAUUCCGAUUAAAGCAACGUCUUGUUCUGUGAUAAGGAAAAACCUCAACAAUGCAAGCGGAAAUUACGUCAUUGACCCAGAUGACGAGGGACCUCUUGCACCAUUUACAGUUUAUUGUGAUAUGAGUGACAAGGAUGGGGUUGGCGUGACAGUCAUCAGUCACGACACUGAAAGAAGAACACGCGUGAAAGGUACAAACAAUUACGUACGGGACAUUCAUUACACCGGAGCAAGUCUGUCUCAGCUGGCAAGUCUCACUAAAGUCUCCUCAAACUGUGAACAGUUUAUCCAGUAUGAGUGUCAUAAUUCUUUCAUGACAGGCCAUGGCUGGUGGGUAUCACGUGACUCCACUCAGAUGAAUUAUUGGGGCGGAGCAUCACCUGGCAGUGGUAAGUGCGCAUGCGGAAUGACCAACUCAUGCGCAAACUCCCAGCGUCCUUGUAACUGUGACAAAAAUGACAAUGUGUGGCGUGAAGACAGUGGUAUUCUCACGGAUAAGAAUCAUCUACCGGUUAGACAAAUGAGGUUUGGUGAUACAACCGGUACCUCCGAGGAAGGAUAUCACACACUGGGAAAACUAAAGUGUUAUGGAAUCGCUUAA